ACUUCUCUCCAUCGUUUCUUCCUCAGGAAACUCAGGAGUUGGAUUGUUUCUCAAGAAAACGAAAACGAAAGCAAAAGAAAAUGGCAUCGUCGAAAUCAUCAACACCACCACCAGGGGGAACUACCGAUGCAGAGAGAGAAAAAGCGUUGGAUCAAUUGCUCACUGUCUUGGCUUUCUGCGAAGACGACAAACUCCAUAUCUUGCUCAGCAGGCUUCUCCCUUUCGCUAUUUCCUCUCUAUCUUUUCAAUCCUCCCUAGUCCGCAACAAGGUUCUUGAGAUAUUGAGUCAUGUAAACAAGAGAGUGAAACAUCAGCCUGAGAUUGCUUUACCGCUAUUGGAGUUAUGGAAAAUGUAUUCAGAAGCCAAUGCUGCUCCAAUGGUUAGAAAUUUUUGCAUUGUGUAUAUUGAAAUGGCAUUUGAACGUGUUCAAGCAAAGCAAAAAGAAGAGUUGGCACCUAUGCUUUUGGUGAACAUUUCAAAGCUUCCUCUUCAGCACCAAGAGAUUAUCCUGAGAAUUGCAACCAAGGUGAUUGGUGAAUGUCAUUCAAGUCAAAUUGAUGAUGAAGUUACUGCCAAGUAUAGAUCAAUAAAUGAUUCUCAGGAUAGGGAGCUCUUCAUUGAAUUUUGUCUUCAUACAGUUUUGUAUCAACCACCAUCUCAAAGUGGAGGAUGUCCACCUGGACUUUCAAUUGCUCAAGCCAGUCGUGUUAGUGGGAAAAAUCAAUUGAAAAGCGAUAUGCUUUUAACGACAAAGUUGGGGAUCUUGAAUGUUAUUGAAGCCAUGGAGUUCGCCCCUGAGCUUGUUUAUCCUAUAUAUGUGGCUGCUUGUGUAGAUUGGCAGGAGCCUGUUGUUAAGAGAGGGGAGGAGCUUUUAAAGAAGAAGGGUUCUGGUGCGAAUUUAGAGAAUCCCAACCUGAUAAACAAACUAUUUAUAUUAUUUAAUGGUAAUGUUGGAGCAGAAAAUGUUGAACCAGAUUUAAGAGUCAAUCCUGGGAAUCCUGCUCUUAAAUCCAGACUGAUGUCUAUUUUCUGCCAUUCUGUAAUGGCCGCAAACAGUUUCCCAUCAACUUUGCAGUGCAUAUUUGGCUGCAUAUAUGGAAGUGGUACCACAUCAAGGUUGAAGCAGUUGGGAAUGGAGUUUACUGUCUGGGUAUUUAAACACGCAAAAAUUGAUCAACUUAAGCUUAUUGGCCCAGUUAUACUCACUGGAAUCCUGAAGUCACUUGACAGUUAUUCAGAUUCAAAAUCAGAUGCUACUGCUAGGGACACCAAGACUUUUGCUUUUCAAGCAAUUGGGUUGUUAGCACAGCGCAUGCCUCAACUUUUCAGUGGUAAGAUCGACAUGGCUCUACGUCUUUUUGAUGCAUUGAAAGUAGAGGAUCAGUCUCUUCGUUUCAUUGUUCAAGAAGCAACCAAUUCCCUUGCUGCAGCAUACAAGGAAGCCCCUGCAACAGUGCUAAGGGAUUUGGAAACUCUUUUACUGAAAAGUUCUCAAGAGGAAAAAAGUGAAGUACGGUUCUGUGCUCUGAGAUGGGCUACUUCUUUAUAUGAUAUGCAACAUUGCCCAAGUCGGUUUAUUUGUAUCCUUGGAACUGCAGAUUCUAAGUUGGACAUAAGGGAAAUGGCACUUGAAGGCCUUUUUCCUGAUAAAGAUGAAGGACGGAUAAUGACUCAAAGUCUUGAUCUUCGAUACCCAAAACUUGGUGUCAUGCUAGAUUAUAUUCUUAAGCAGCAACCGAAGUUGUUAGAGUCCAAUGAAACAAGGGAACAUAAGCUUCUUUUCCCAUCAAAAACAUAUGUGGCUAUGAUUAAAUUUUUGUUGAAGUGCUUCGAGUCAGAGUUGGAACUGAACAACUCUCUAGAAGGAUCAUCUGAAUUUCAGUCUUCAGUGGAAGCAAUGUGUUUAUUACUAGAGCAUGCUAUAUCCUUUGAAGGCUCUGUUGAGUUGCAUGCCAAUGCUUCCAAAGCAUUGAUAGAUAUUGCAUGUCACUUUCCAAAGAUGAUUGCUUCACACUAUGCACUUAAGUUGUCAUGGCUGAAGGCACUACUUAGUCAUGUGGACUUGGAUACUCGUGAAUCUGUCGCACGCUUACUUGGAAUAGCUUCCUCUGCUCUUCCUAUGCCUGCAGCAUCUGCUUUUAUUCAUGAGCUGAUUGCCUCAAUCAGUGGAACACACAAGUUAAGGUUUGAGACUCAGCAUGGAGCAUUAUGUGCAAUAGGAUAUAUUACUGCAGAUUGCAUGUCUAGAACGCCUACUAUUCCAGAGACAUUAUUUCAGACUACUCUUAAGUGCCUGGUUGAUGUUGUUGUUUCAGAGACUGCCACACUGGCCUCAAUUGCAAUGCAGGCACUAGGUCAUAUUGGGCUGCGUGUUUCAUUGCCUCCACUUAUUAAUGAUUCUAGUUCAGUUGACAUUCUGACGGUUUUACAUGAAAAGUUGAGGAAGCUACUUUCUGGUGAUGAUAUUAAAGCGAUUCAGAAGAUUGUUAUUUCCAUUGGACAUAUAUGUGUAAAGGAAACAGCAUCCUCACAUCUAAAUAUCGCCCUUGAUUUGAUUUUCAGUCUUAGCCGGUCUAAGGUUGAAGAUAUCCUCUUUGCUGCUGGGGAGGCUCUAUCAUUUUUGUGGGGUGGUGUUCCUGUGACUGCCGAUGCGAUUCUCAAAACUAACUAUACUUCACUUUCCAUGUUUUCAAACUUCCUUACUGGAGAUGUGACCUCAUCACUUGCAAAAUAUGGCCCUGUUGAGAAAGGCAAAGUGAAUGAUGAUUGUCAUGCCAUGGUUAGAGAUGCAAUUACUAGAAAGCUUUUUGACGUUCUUUUAUACAGUACCAGAAAAGAAGAGCGCUGUUCCGGAACUGUCUGGUUGCUAUCACUUACAAUGUAUGCUGGCCAUCACCCAGCCAUUCAACAAAUGCUUCCUGAAAUUCAGGAGGCUUUCUCACACUUACUAGGUGAACAGAAUGAACUUACACAGGAGUUGGCCUCUCAUGGCAUGAGUAUUGUGUAUGAAAUUGGUGAUGCAGCAAUGAAGGAAAACUUGGUCAAUGCACUUGUAAGCACUCUGACUGGUUCAGGGAAGAGAAAAAGAGCCAUCAAGCUUGUUGAAGACUCUGAAGUGUUUCAAGAGGGGACUAUUGGUGAAAAUCUAAGUGGAGGGAAAUUGAGCACUUAUAAGGAGCUUUGCAGCUUAGCAAAUGAGAUGGGGCAACCCGACUUAAUCUAUAAGUUUAUGGAUCUUGCUAAUUAUCAAGCUUCUUUGAAUUCCAAGAGGGGUGCAGCUUUUGGGUUUUCCAAGAUAGCAAAGCAGGCAGGGGAUGCUCUUACACCAUAUUUACGCUCAUUGAUUCCAAGGCUUGUUCGUUACCAAUAUGAUCCUGAUAAAAAUGUCCAGGAUGCAAUGGCCCACAUCUGGAAGUCACUAGUAACAGACUCAAAGAAAACCAUUGAUGAAAACUUGGACCUCAUUAUUGAUGAUUUGUUAAUACAAUGUGGAUCGAGGCUUUGGCGUUCACGUGAGGCAUCCUGUCUUGCCCUUGCAGAUAUCAUCCAAGGACGAAAAUUUGAUCAGGUCGGAAAGCAUUUGAAGAAAUUAUGGUCAGCAGCAUUUCGAGCCAUGGAUGACAUAAAAGAGACAGUUCGUACUUCUGGUGAUAAAUUAUGCCGUUCUGUAACUUCAUUAUCUAAGAGGCUUUGUGAUGCAUCCUUAACUGAAAUCUCAGAUGCAAGUCAAGCCAUGAAUAUUGUUCUUCCUUUUUUGCUUGUGGAAGGCAUAUUAAGUAAAGUUGACAGUAUCCGUAAGGCAUCUAUCGAAGUUGUUACAAAACUAGCGAAGGGUGCAGGAAUUGCAGUUCGUCCACAUUUAUCUGAUUUAGUUUGCUGCAUGCUGGAAAGUUUAUCAAGCCUUGAAGACCAAGGGCUCAAUUAUGUUGAGUUGCAUGCAGCAAAUGUUGGAAUACAAACAGAGAAGCUCGAACAUUUGAGAAUUUCGAUUGCAAAAGGCUCUCCCAUGUGGGAAACUCUUGACAUAUGCAUAAAUGUUGUAGAUACUGAAUCAUUAGAUCCAUUGGUUCCUCGUCUUGCUCAAUUGGUACGCUCUGGAGUAGGCCUCAAUACCAGGGUUGGUGUUGCCAGCUUUAUUACCUUACUAGUUCAAAAUGUUGGAGCUGAUAUCAGACCGCAUAUAAGCAUGCUAUUGAGGCUGUUGUUUCCAGUUGUUACAGAGGAGAAAAGUGUUGCAGCAAAGCGUGCCUUUGCCAAUGCUUGUGCUAUUGUUCUUAAGCAUGCAACACCCCUUCAGGCUCAAAAGUUAAUUGAAGAAACUGCAGCUUUACAUACUGGUGACAGGAAUGCUCAAAUUUCGUGUGCAAUUUUAUUAAAAAGCUAUUCAUCCAUGGCCUCAGAUGUCGUGAGUGGAUAUCAUGCAGCAAUUGUUCCAGUUAUCUUUCUUUCAAGGUUUGAGGAUGACAAGUAUAUUUCUGGCUUAUUUGAGGAGUUGUGGGAAGAAAAUAUAAGUGGUGAACGCAUCACCCUCCAGUUGUACUUGGGGGAAAUUGUUUCUCUCAUAUGCGAGAGCAUUACAUUGUCAUCAUGGGCAAGUAAAAGAAAGUCAGCCCUAGCAAUUUGCAAGCUUAGUGAAGUUUUGGGUGAAUCCAUGUCAUCUUAUUAUCAAAUUUUGCUCCAAUCUCUUAUGAAGGAAGUUCCUGGCCGCUUAUGGGAGGGGAAGGAUGCUCUAUUGAAUGCUUUAGGUGCCCUCUCUGCAUCAUGCCAUGCAGCAAUCUCCACUGGAGAUCCUGCCAGUCCCAAUGCCAUUUUGAGUUUGGUAUCUUCUGCGUGCACAAAAAAAGUGAAGAAAUACCGUGAAGCAGCUUUCUCCUGUCUUGAACAGGUCAUAAAAGCCUUUGGUCUUCCAGAGUUCUUCAAUUUGGUCUUUCCUUUGUUAUUUGAUAUGUGUAAUAUGGCUGCACUCAAUAAGUCUGGGCAAGCACCCUUGGCAAGUGAUGCUGCUACAAAAGAAUCAGAAGCUGCUGAAGAUGUAUCUAUUCCACAUGAGAAAAUAUUGGACUGCAUGACGUCUUGCAUCCAUGUUGCACAUAUAAAUGAUAUUCUUGAACAGAAAAAGAACAUAUUGCACAUCUUCAUAACUUCCCUGUCACCUGGAUCUCCAUGGACAGUCAAAACAUCAGUGUUUACAUCAAUCAAAGAACUUUGUUCAAGACUCAACAAGGCUUCUGUUGACUUUCACGGAACUUCCCUUCAUGCCAACAUAACUUCUUUAGUUCAGGAGUUGUUUCACUCAGUGUCACCUGAGGUAGUCCAAUGCAUAAGCACAGUAAAGAUUGCCCAGGUUCACAUCACUGCUUCAGAGUGCCUUCUGGAAAUCACCAAGUUGUUCGGAGACCUUCCAUCAGCGCAUUUGAUAGAUGUAGGGUUUAAGAAUGAGAUUCUUAAUCAGCUUGGGGUGGAGAAGAAUGGGGAGGCAAGGUCAUUGUUAAAAAGAUGCAUCGAUAUACUUGAAAACUUGAAAAUCGAAAAUGUCCAAUAAACUUGAAAUUGGUACAGCAUGAAGCCAAUGAACCUGUUGAAGCUCAUAAUUAAAUUUGCAAUGACAUUCUAUUUUAUUUUGAGUUAAUAUAUCAUGCAAUUUAGAAUUA